ACCCCUCUACCCCCAUUCACCCAUUCAACGUGGCUGUACUUACAGGAUAUCUGCUUCGCAGACGCGAAAGGCAACGCUACCUUGCGUCCUCCUCCCACUGACUUUCUGACUUUCCCUUCUAACCGUUACUAUCAUGGGUGGCUACUUCUCGAAGACUUUCAAUCCUGCGACAGACAUCUCGAACCUCUCCAAACGAGUCUUCAUAGUAACAGGUGGCAAUGCUGGAAUUGGGUAUGCUACUGUUCAACACCUUGCCAGACAUGGUGCGAAAGUGUAUCUCGCGGCACGGAACGAGAAGAAGGCUUUAGCUGCUAUUCAGCAAAUCCGUCAGGAGGGUUUGAACCCGGGCAAUGGCGAAGUUGUUUACCUACCUCUGGACCUAAGCGACGUUCGAAAUGCGAAGAAGGCUGCUCAGGACUUCGUCGAAAAAGAAACCCGGUUGGAUGUCUUGAUCAACAAUGCCGGCCAGAUGAUUGUUCCUUCGGCUAGGUCGAAACAUGACCUUCAGGAUAUCAUGGUGGUCAACCAUUUCAGUCUUUUCGUCUUCACAACAACACUUCUUCCGCUUCUGAAGAAGACUGCGAAGGAACCCAAUUCUGAUGUUCGCAUCGUCAACGUUGCAUCUGAAGGAAUGGGAUCCGUUAAGGACAUUCGCUUCCGGAACAAAGAUGACUUCAACGAUGAGCAUGCUAGUGCUCUUUGGCCAGCCUUCGCUCGAUAUGGUAGGAGUAAGGCGGCCAACAUGUUGUUCACUAAGGAAUUGCAGAGACGUCUUGAUGCCGAGGGAGUCCCUAUCUUGGCUAUGGCAAUCCACCCAGGAAAUGUUGACUCAGAGGGCAUCCAAUCAAUCGUCGCAAACUCCCCCUUCGUGCUCAAACCUCUCCUUCAUCUCCUUCGUGGUGCACUCUUCGUGGCCCCUGAAAAGGGAGCCUACGCAUCCGUCUUUGCUGCCGCGGCCCCCGUAGUGAGAGCAGAAUCGCAAAAGUACAAAGCUGCGUAUAUUGCUGGUCCUACGGCAACCAUCACUCCACCGCAUUUCAAGGAUGCGGACGAUCCCAUGCUGGCGAAGGAACUUUGGGAGACAACGGAGAGCAUCCUUAAGGAUAUUGGCGUAUGAAGUCCGUCGUCAUAAAGACAGCUAUCGUUCGUAUUUCCUAGAUUUCGUAACUUUUUGUAAUCUCGUUGGGUGGUCUAAUGUCGAUGACUGGGAUUUUUUUUUUUGCAUAACCUGUGAAUUGAAUAAUCUUCGGUAGAUUCA